CUUUUUAAGCUUUUUUGGGUCUUAUGUGGAUCUACACCCCACAUUGGUUGUCAUGUGUAAACAGAGGUUUUCUCUGUCCUACCCCAUCCUGCAGCCACUUCCAAAUAAUCGCUCAGAGGCUUAUAUUAAUUAUAAAUGCUUGGCUGAUGGCUCAGGCUUAUUACUAGCUAGCUCUUACAUUUAAGUUAACCCAUCUUUCUGAUCUAUGCUUUGCCACGUGGUUCAGGGCUUGUUACCUCAUUUUCUACAUGUCUUGCUUCCUCAGUGGCUGGCUACCGGGCAUCUGCCCCAACUCCCUUUCCUUCUCCCUGUCUCUCUGUUUCACUUUCCCGCCCAGCCUUAUUCUGCCUGGCUAUAGGCCAAAUCAGCUUUUAUUAUCAACCAAUGAGAGAAACACAUAUUCACAGGGCACAGAAGAAUCCUCCCACAGCAGAGAUGUGCCUGCUUCUGCUUCGUGGAUGCUGGGAUUGAAGAUGUGUGCCACAAUACCCAGCUGAUGGAGGCAGUCCUUAAAUUGAGGUUCCCUCUUUCCAGUUGACUCUAGGUUGUAGCAAGUUGACAAUUGAAACUAAUCAGGACAAUGUCAUGGAGUUGGCAUGAAUCUCUAUACAUUAUACCUCAUGAAUCAGAGCUGGAUGUGAUAUCAUAUGCCUGCAUUCCCAUCACUCAGUAGACUGAGGCCAGAGAAUUUUGAAUUCCAGGCCAGCCUAAUGGAGAAAGCAAGACACUGUCUCAACAAUGAAACAACACCAUAGAAGUUCCACACCUAAAUAAAACCAUCUCAUGCACCAGAUUCUAUUAACUACAAACAAACAAACAAAGCCCUGCAGCUUCCUCACAUCUCUGUAACUUUAUCGAAUUGAAGAGAGGUAGGGCCCUGUUCUGGAUAGAAUCCUUGCUCUGGAUUAGGCUUUGGCUAAGAGACACUUCAGCUGGUGUGAUCUGUCCAAACCACUAAAUCUCUUUCUGAAAUCCCGGUUUGCUUUCCCAUCACUCGUGUGUUCCGGGUGGCACUUUGAAUUUACUUGGAGUGUUUGCUUUCAUUCACAGUCGGGCCUGCUGUCUAAUGUAGGGCCCCGACCUUCAUCUGCGGCAGCUUUCAACUUAGCUUUUCCACUUUAAUUUCUGGUGUUUGAUUUAAAGUGAGAGAUGUGCCAUCUUCUUUUACUUAAACAGUUAGAGGCCGCUGCAGGAUUAUCAACUGACCUAAUUUCAAUACUAUUUUGCCCCAAGGAAAGGGAAUGAGAUGGGGGAGUAGCUGAUGGAUGGGGCAGUCCGAACAUACCCAUUUACUCUGCUGGCUAUGUAUGGAUGUGGGCCAUUGCCUCCCAAACUACUUUUUUUUUUAAGAUUUUAUUUUUUUAUGAGUGCUUUAUCUGCAUGUACAAUUUUAUGCCAGAAGAAGACAUCAGAUCCCACUAGAGAUGUUUGUGAGUCACCAUGUGGUUCCUGGGAGUUGAACUCAGGACCUCUGGAAGAACAGGCAGUGCUCUUAACCACUGAGCCAUCUCUCCAGCACCCCCCCCCCCAACUACUUAUAAUUGCAACAUCAAAGAUCACUAGUCACAGAUCACCAUCUGUUGUAUGACUUUUUCUAGGGAGACAUCUACUCACCCUACAUAGGACACUGAUCAUGGAAACAAAGAAAUGAUUCGGCCCAAGUCUGGCUCGGCGAGCCAGGGUUUAACUGAGGUUAUUUACAGGCACUGCACCACCAGAUAGGAGCAUCCCCAUUCAGGAUUAACUGCCUUUAUGCCUUAGGGGAGGAGAAGGGCUCAUGAGCUCUGUGGGUUGCCUUGUAAGCAAGCCCUGUGUUCAUCUCUGUGUGCCUCUUGAGCCCUUUGAACCCCCAUCUUCCGUAAGAGAACAUUAGCAGAGCUAAUCUCGUGAGGAUUUCUUGAGGGUAAUCAUAGUUGCUCUGAUGACAGUGGGGAGGAAUAGCAUCUCAUAAUUCCAUAAUCUAUAAUAAUAAUGAAAAUUUUGAAAUAUUGAAAGAUUUACCAAAAUGUGACCCAAACCCCACAUGAGCAUGUGCUGUUGGGAAAAUGAUGCUGGUUGGUUCAGUGUGGAGGAUGACUCAGCAGAACCUAGACACCUGAAGAUGCAGCUCUGCUUCCGGGAACUUAGCUAAUCAAUAUGCCUGUAUAUGUUUUAACUAUUCCUUGUAUUAUGGUUUGAGAUAAUGCCAAGUCUGAAAACAACGUGUAUUCAUCAAUGAUAAACCAGUGCAAUCCAUACAAUGGAGUACUAUAGACCCAUUAUUAUUAUUAUUAUUAUUAUUAUUAUUAUUAUUAUUAUUAUUAUUAUAUUCUAGCUGGUAGACAAGUCCAUCUGGUACUCUGUCUCUCAGCACCUGACACUUAUUUGUUCUCCACGUGGUGCUGGGUCUCAAACUCGGGGCCUCACAGUGACAUUGCGGAGAGUUAACCCUCAGCCCUCACUUUUACCGCCUUAUGUUAAGAGUGGGAAUCUGAGCCAGCGUAAACUGCUUAAUUUGGAGAUGGCACCGAUUGUUGUGCCCAGGUGUUGAGAACAUUGUUUUUCUUUGAACUUGAAUAAUAUUCAUGAGACAUCUCAGUCUGGUUAAUAAUUAGUUUUUCCUGGAACGUGGUAAGGUCUUUCAAUUUUAGUUUUAUACCGCUUUUACUUUGGCUAUUCCAAGUGUUGGUAUUUCUCUGUCCAGAAUUGUUACGUACAUUACGUCAGUCACCCUUGUUCUGACUAACCACGCUGUUUUCAGGCCACAUUUACCUGGACUUUUUGUAUUUAAACCUCCCCAAAUUGCUUCUCCAGACAGCUGUUAGUCUGUAGUUGUUUGUAAUGUGGUUUCAAAUUCCAUACGUCUUUUGCUUUCCUUUUUCUUUCUUUGUUCUUGAGACAGGGUGUCUCUGUGUAGCCCUGGCUGUCCUGGAACUCACUCUGUAGACCAGGCUGGCCUCAAACUCAGAGAUCCACCUGCCUCUGCCUCCUGAGUGAUGGGACCAAAGGUGUACGUCACCAUGCCCAGCUGCUUUUUCUUUUUUUUAUAAGUACAUUUAUAAAAAAUACAUUUAUUUAUGUAUUUUAUAUAUGAGUGAUCUGUUUGUACACGUGUGUGCCAGAAGAAGGCAUCAGAUCCCACUAUAGAUGGUUGUGAACCACCAUGUGGUUGCUGGGAAUUGAACCCCAGACUUCUGGAAGUACAGCCAGUGCUCUUAACCACUGAGCCAUCUCUCCAGCCAGCCGUUGCUUUUUCUCAUCUCUUGUUUCUUUCAGCUCUUGUGAUCAGUUGUGUGGAGUUACCUUGUUUUUAUCUCCAUGAAGCUUUUCAAACUUCUAUUUUAUGGAACUAAUUUUCAACCUGAUCUUUGCUUGAGAGUGGUGUAAGCAGAGCUACCGUGCGCCCUCCCCGUUCUCCUGGCGACUGGAAGAGCUGCUGCGGUGUCUCUGGCUGGGCACGUAGUCUGCUGCCAUUGGCUGCGUGGUGCCGCGGUUCCCAUUGGUUCUUGAGGCCAGCAAGGUUGAUGGAUGUUCUGCUGUCCUGUGAUUGGCUGCUGUGACUUCAACCUGACCUGUGAUUGGCUGCUGUGACUUCAUCCUGACCUGUGAUUGGCUCUGACUUCAAGGAUUCAUCAAGUUAGAGUUAUCCAUGGAUUCCUCUGGGCAGCUCAGGCCAGAAGAUACCCAGUCAGUAGUGAGCAGGAUGCAGAAGAAGUACUGGAAAACUAAGCAGGUCUUCAUGAAAGCAGCAGGGAGAAAAGAGGAUGAGCACGUGGUGGCAUCUGAUGCAGAGCUGGACGCUAAGCUGGAGGUUUUUCACUCCAUCCAGGAGACAUGCAAUGAACUUCUGAAGAUAGUUGAGAAGUAUCAGCUAAGACUCAAUGUUAUAUCAGAGGAAGAAAACGAACUAGGGCUCUUUUUAAAGUUCCAAGCAGAACGGGACGCAACUCAAGCUGGCAAAAUGAUGGAUGCCGCCGGCAAGGCACUCUGUUCUUCAGCCAAGCAAAGAUUGGCCUUGUGCACUCCCCUGUCUCGUCUUAAGCAAGAAGUAGCGACGUUCAGUCAGAGGGCCGUUUCUGACACCUUGAUGACCAUUAAUCGUAUGGAGCGGGCUCGCACGGAGUAUAGAGGAGCCUUGCUAUGGAUGAAGGAUGCAUCGCAGGAGCUUGACCCAGACACCUUCAAACAAAUGGAAAAGUUUAAAAAGGUACAGAUCCAAGUGAGAAAUAGCAAAGGUUCUUUUGACAAGUUGAAGAUGGACGUCUGUCAGAAAGUGGACUUGCUUGGAGCUAGUCGCUGCAACAUGCUAUCUCAGUCACUCACGACCUACCAGAGAACAUUGCUUGGGUUCUGGAAGAAAACAGCUCAAAUGAUGUCUCAAAUCCAGGAGGCCUGUGCUGGCUUUCAUCCGUAUGACUUCAUAGCUCUCAAGCGACUACAGGACACGCCAGGCAAUCUCACUGCAGACUACAGUGAAGAAGCAGCAGACGGCAGCCCUCUCACUGCCGACCGCAAUAAAGUAGCGUCAGAAGAGGAUGAGAGAUUUGAGAGAGAACCAGCAGCUGCAAGAACUCUGCCGAGAGACUCGCUGGAAGGAGACGAUUUUGAAAAGGAAUUCUCAUUUCUGAACAGCCUCCUAAGCCCCACGCCUUCAAGUGCUGGUGAAUUUACACAGGAGUGCCAGACGGCCUGCAGGAGCCCCAGCGCUGGCCUCACCUCCCUCACCUCCCAGGAGCCUCCAGUGGGGUCCGGGCCUCUCUCCUACCCCUCCCAGUUCCUUCCCUCACAGCUCUUUGACCUUGGCCUUCAUGCUGGAGCGUUCAACAGCUGGGUCUCCCAAGAGGGAUCAGAACACUCAGAUAACCUGCCAGUGCCUUCACAGAGUCCAAAGAAAUUAAAAUAUAACGAAAUCCAUUUUCCGUCUUAUAAUUUUUACACACUCAUCACGAAGGUGUUGGGCACGGCCGUGAUCAGCAGCAGUCUCUCUGCUUGCUCUCCCAUGUCCUAUGUAAGUGGUUCUGUCUGACUGUGAAGCUGAGGCGGAAACGUGCCCGGCAUGACUCACUGAAGUGGAACACCCAGGGCUCAGAGCUGUCCUUGCAUGUGCAGAGCUGACAUGACCUCAGUUCCCAGAACUGGAGCUGGACCCAAACACAGCGAAGCCGCAGUCUGCCCUGACACACGGGGCCUCAGACACAGCACAGAGGGUUCCUUGACUCUGUUCUGAGGUGGACCACAUUUAUCUCCCUGUGAUUGUGACCCAGUGCAUAUCCAGGUCCUGGAUUGUCCCCCAGGCCCCUGUCAUGGUUUCUAGACUCCUUGUCCUUCAGGGAAGUCCUAGCUGGCUUUAUGUCAACUUGACGUGAGCUAUCAUCAGAGAGAAGGGAGCGUCAACUGGGAGAAAGUCUCCGUAAGAUCAGGCUGCAGGCAAGCUGGAGGGCAUUUUCUUAAUUGGUGAUUGAGGAGGGAGGGCCCAGCCCACUGUGGAUGGUCCACUUCUGGACUGGUGGUCCUGGGUUCUAUAAGAAAGCAGGCUGAGCAAGCCAUGAGGAACAAGCCAGUAAGCAGCACCCCUCCGUGGCCUCUGCAUCAGCUCCUGCCUCCAGGUUCCUGUCCUGACUUCUUUCCUCCCCAGAUUGCUUUUCCUCAUGGCGUUUCAUCCCAGCAACAGUAACCCAAAGACAAGGGACUAGUAGCCUUUUGAAAUGACCCACUGUUAUCGCCAUGGAUGAUCUCAUGUAUCAACAUGUAUCCUUGAAUACAUUACAGGAAAAUUUGCAGGCUACUGAAAUACAAAACUUUCCGUUCUAGGAAGUGUUGAAAUGAGAGGGAUUGAAACAUUAAUAAUAUGGUGGGUUGAGGGGCUGGAGAGAUGGCUCAGUGGUUAAGAGCACUGGCUGCUCUUCCAGAGGAGCCAGGUUCAAUUCUCAGCACCCACAUGGCAGCUCCUACUGUCUAACUCCAGGUCCAGGUGUGCAGGUGCUCAAAUAUACAAUAAAACAAUCCAUUCUUUAAAAGCAGGGUACUGCUUUGUGAAGAGUGAUAAUGCAUUUAAAAAAAACAAAGAAACAAAACCCUGGCCGGCAGUGUGGUGCACACUUUUUUUUUUUGCCGUAAUAAAACCCUUUAAUUUAUAUUCUAAUUAUUAAAGAACAUUUUAAAGUCAACUUAAUCUUUUGAGCACAGAUGCUUUUACCAACUGAUUGAAAGGACACUUUUUUUUCUGGAUGAAAAUUCAAGCAUGUUCCAGUUUUUUUUUUCCAUUUUUUUUUUAUAUUAAGAAAUUUUCUACUCACCCUACAUACCACCCACACCCCAGCCCUCACUCCCAAGCCACCCCCCAUCUCCACAUCCCCCAAAUCAAGGUCUCCCAUGGGGAGUCAGCAGAGCCCGGCACACUGAGCCGAGGCAGGUCCAAGCCCUUUCCCACUGCACCUGCCACACCGCAGGCACCGGGCUCCCAAAAGCCUGCCCAUGGGUGGUGCACACCUUUAAUCCCAGCACUCAGGAGGCAGAGGCAGGCCGAUCUCUGUGAGUUCGAGGCCAGCCAGGUCUACAGAGCAGGUUCCAGGACAGCCAGGGCAGUUUAGGGUUUCUAUUGCUGUGAGAAGAGACACCAUGAACAUUACAACUCUUAUAAAAACAAAAGACAUUUGAGGUGGCUCUACAGUUUUAGAGGUUCAUUAUUACCAUUAUACAUCAUGCAUUAUCAUCAUGGUGGGGAGCACGUGGCAUGCAGGCAGACGUGGUGCUGGAAGAAUGGCUGACGGUCCUACAUCUUGCAGGCAACAGGAAGUCAACUGACACACUGGGCAGUAUCCUGAGCAUAACCUGCCCCCACAGUGACACACUUCCUCCAACAAGGCCACACCCACUCCAACAAAGCCACACCUCCUACCAAAUUCCACUCCCUGGCCCCCAUAAGCUGUGACAUAAUCACAAUGCAAAAUGCGUUUAGUCUGACUUCAGAAGUCCCCAUAGUCAGUAACAGUCCCAAAGUUCAAAGUCUCUCCUGAGACUCAUGCAAUCUCUUAACUGCAAUCCCCUGUAAAAUCAAAAUAAAAAAGCAGAUCACAUACUUCCAAUAUAUAACGGCACAGGAUACAUUACCAUUCCAAAAUUUUGGAAGGGAGCACAGUGAGAAAAUACUGGACCAAAGCAAGACCAACUCCCCCCCAACCCCCUGGGCAAACUCCAAACUCUGCAUCUCCAUGUCUGAUGUGGAAACACUCCAACUCUGUUCAGUGCUGUUGACUGCAACACACUUCUCUCUUGGGCUGGUUUCCUCAGCAAGUUUCCCAUAACUCUGGCAUCAUCUCCAACAUCUUGGGGUCUCCAAGGUAAUCCAGGCUUCAACUUCACAGCUUCAUGCAAUGGCCUCUCUACUUAGGCCUCCAUUCAGGGACACCCUUGACACAUGCCUGGCCUCAGCAACUUUGUUCCAUAACUCUUUCCUUCUAUCCUUAACUCUCAAGUCAGAACCACGUGGCCGAAGUUGCCAAGUUCUGCUGCUUGCUGGGGCUGGAACAUGGCCCCCUUGUUCAAUUACAUCUUCACCAGCUUUCUGUCUUUCCUGCCUAAGCUUGGCUGUCCUGAAACUUGCUCUGUAGACCAGGCUGGCCUCAAACUCAGAUCUGCCAGCCUCUGACUCGCGAGUGCUGGGAUUGUAUAGGUGUGCACAACCACACCAGGUUCUAAGCUUUUCUUUAGUUUCUUUCUACAAGUUGGAAACUUACCUGGGUGGGAUCUUGCCCCGAGGUUACCACUCCCUUUAUCACUUUUCUUUAUCUUCUUGUACACGGAAUUUAGCUCUAUCUCAUUUUUUCCUCAAAAUUUUCAUUUUUGUGCCGGGCGGUGGUGCACGCCUUUAAUCCCAGCACUCGGGAGGCAGAGGCAGGUGGAUCUCUGUGAGUUCGAGGCCAGCCUGGUCUACAGAGCGAGAUCCAGGAAAGGCGCAAAGCUACACUGAGAAACCCUGUCUCGGAAAAAAAAAAAAAAAAUCAUUUUGUAAUUUACCCUGCUCAGCUUGCUCCUUUUCAUUACAAAUCUUCAUUAGCGUUACGGCUAAAAAAAAACACAUGACAGAGUCCACACUAGGCUGUUUUGAGCUUUCCUCUGCCAGCAGAACUAAUCCAAAACUCUUCACUUUAGUCUCAGGCAGACUCUUUGGACAAGGGCAAAAAGCAGCCACUUCCUUCACCAAAAUAUCACAAGAAUGAUCUCUAGGUAACACACUAAAAUUCUUCUGUGAAACCUCUUGAGGUAGCUCCUCUAGUGUGGCCCAUUAAGCAGCACUUAAAGCAUUCCACUGCUUUCCCAACCCAAACUCCUAAAGUCCAUAUUAACCCCAAACAAAAUCAUGUCAGGCCUAUCACAGCAAUACCCCAGUCCCUGGUACCAACUUCUUAGUUUGGGUUUGCUUAUUGCUGUGAAGAGACACCAUGACCACAGCAACUCUUAUAAAGAAAAUACUGAAUUGGGGUGGCUCGCUUACAGUUUCAGGGGUUCAGCCCAUUACCAUCAUGACAAGGAACAGGGUAGCAUGCAGGCAUACGUGGUGCUGGGAGGGGUAGCUGAGUCAUAGAUCUUGCUGGCAACAGGGAGUCAACUAAAACACUGGGCGGCAUCCUGAGCACAGGAAACCUCAAAGUCCACCCCCGCAGAGUGACACACUCCCUCCAACAAAGCCACAUCUCCCAAUAGUGUCACUCCCUAUGAGAUUAUGGGGGCCAAUUACAUUCAAACUACCACACAAACAAACAAAAGCCACUAGGGUCUGAGACAGUGUUCUUAUCAAAAUGUUUUACAUUUUUUAAAAUUACCUUUAGAGAGGGAGAAAAUGUGUGUUUCUCUCCAUGAUCCCUGGGAAUCAAACCUGGCACUUACCUGCUGAGCCAUCUCCCCAGCCCUUGCUAGCAAAUAUUUUGACAAGCAUUGGGCAUGAUGGUACAUACCUGUAAUCCAAAAUUCAGGAGCCUGAGGCAGAGGAUCACAAAUCUGAAGCCAGCCUGAGCUACACAGCAAGACUCUGUCUCAAAAGAGACAAAAUAAAAAUUAAAGAGACAACUUCCUGAUGUAUAAAUGAUAAGGUUAGGAGGGAUUUUCCUAACCUUUGUCUAAUAUUUUUGAAGUAAAUAAAAUACUUAUUUAUAAAAAGUAUUACAAAAGUAAUAUUUACUUAUUUUGGUUUUUUAAAACAGGGUUUCUUUGUGUACCCGACUGUCUUGGAACUUGCUCUGUAGACCAGGCUGGCCUUGAACUCAGAUCUACCUGUUUCUGCCUCCCAGGAUUUAAAGGCGUGUGUCACCACCUCGUGGCUUUAUUUUUUAUUUCGUGUGCAUAGGUGUUUUGCCUCCAUGUAUGUCUGUGUGAAGGUGUCAGAUCCCCUGGAACUGGAGUUACAGACAGCUGUGAGCUGCCACGUGGGUCCUGGGAAUUGAACCUGGGUCCUCUGGAAGUGCAGCCAGUGCUCUUAACCACUGAGCCAUCUCUCCAGCCCCAACAAAGAGGUUUUAAGCAGAGUUUAGUGUUUUUUUUGUGGGGGAGGAACAGAAGUUACUUUAACUUUAAACCUUAUCUGAGAGCCUUCUAUAAAUCAUCUGAAAUUCCUUCUAAGAUGAUCCUUGUCACCAUCCCCAAGAGACACCAAACAGAAGUUACUUGCAUUUGUGUUUUAAAAUUAUCCUUAAGGGGAUAUAGUGAAUCAUUGUCAGCCAACGUUAUUUUUAUUAAGCAUCUGCUUCAAAAAUCACAAAAGUAGUACAAAAAUAUUGUUUCCAAAAGCUGAAUCUCUUUAAUGUCUGUUUUUUUUCUUU